AGACAGAGCAUGUGAUGUAUGUAGCUGUAUAGGUACCGUGGUAAACUGCUGGGACAUGGGAUUAAAAGACAUUCCGACGGACAUCCCAAAGAAUACAACACAUCUGGACCUCAGAAGGAAUCAAAUAACAAAGAUACCCGACACACCAUUCUCUGGUCUGGUGAAUUUACGGAAUCUGUACCUGCAUGGCAAUCAAAUAACAAAGAUACCACAGACAGCAUUCUCCGAUCUGGUGAAAUUACAAUAUCUGUGGCUAUCUAUCAAUAAAAUAACAAAGAUAUCCGAGACAGCAUUCUCUGGUCUGGUGAAUUUACAAUAUCUGGACCUCAGAAACAAUCAAAUAACAAAGAUACCUGAUACAGCAUUCUCUGGUCUGGUGAAUUUACAGACUCUGGACCUGAGUUACAAUCAAAUAACAGAGAUACCACAGGCAGCAUUCUCCGAUCUGGUGAAAUUACGAAUUCUGUGAGUGUAUUUUAAAUGUAUUUUUGUAGACUAAAAUAAAAUAGGGGGCUAAAUGGUAAUCGAAUAAGAGAGAUACCCUCGACAGCGUUCUCCAGUCUGGUGAAUUUACGAGAACGUUAAGUGUAUUUUACUUUUUGAAAAAAAAUAAAUAAAGAAGGAUGAUCAUCUGCAAUAAAUACACAUCUUACAAACUACAUCAAUACAUAUUUAGAUUUGUGAAAUAAAACAUAUGAUUCUCUAUCACAUACACGCACACUUGCACAGAAAUCCUUCAGUUUCUAUUAGAACGGUAGUUUGUUGUUAUAAUAAUGUCCUUCUUAGGCAUUCAAUUAUUCCUAUGGGUUGUUUUAAAUUGUUUAGAUGAUGUUAGAGUAAGUAUAUAAUUACAUUAGGAACUAUAUAUUAAUAAUGAUGAUUUUGUAUUUUAAGUCUGACACCAUGAAUAUUUAACUUAAUUGAAUAUAAUAAUUUGAUAUGAAAUUUAAUUUAAUUGCUGUUAAAAAAAAA